GAUAUUGUCAUAUUUGGAACGACGGGCUCAGGAAAGAGCUCCCUUAUCAACAUACUCUUAGCAAGCCAAGAAGCGCCCGCGUCAAACGAUGCAAUAGGCUGCACAGCGACGAACAACGGCUACCUCUUCUCAAUCGACGAGAGAAAGUAUAGAAUAUGGGAUACUCCCGGUCUUAACGAAGGCUCCGAGGGACUCGUCCCUGCGAAAGUGGCUCUCAGAAACCUGAAGUCUUUCGUCAAAGAACUCGUGCGCGACAAAAAUCGUGUUCCUCUCUUCAUCCUUUGCAUUGAAGGAUCGCUGGAUGUGAAGGCCCAGCUGCGUCAUUACAAUAGUGUCAAAUCUACCAUCGGUGCUGCCCCCUUUGCCAUCGUAGUCACGGGUAUGGACAGGUGCUCGUCAAGGCCUUGGAGCGAGUGGUGGGGCGAGCAUUGGGAGGUUUUGCAAUCGUUCGGUGUGGCUAGCGUAAACCAUGCAUGCGUUUGUACA